UGCUCGCUCUGACAGACGCUCGGUGAAGCAACAGCUCGGCUAUAAAUACACGAAGCCUCAGCCAGGCUCCGCUGGCCGCACGCCGUCCGUGUUUACGUUCUGCAGGUCCACACGUCGCCGCUGGCAGUCGUCCUCUUCUUCUCCGCCUGAAAGUUUGUCUCUCGUUCUGGACGUUUUUUGCUGCGAGUGCCUUCAGGAAUCUGAGUCGAUUUGGCACAGCUGACUGUGCUUUGGACAGAGCAGCUAUGGGAGACUUUUGGGGAGACAUUGCCAGUCAGAGGGUGGCCAGAGCGAUGUCCCUGGGGAACGAUGAAGAGGCGGUGCUGGACCAGGGGAAGACCAGCUCCACCCUCCACACCAACUUUGAGAAAGAAGAGCUGGAGAGUCACAGAGCCGUGUACGUCGGCGUCCACGUUCCUCUGGGCCGACAGAGCCGCAGGCGCCACCGUCACCGAGGACACCGGCACCACCGGAAACGGCGGGACCGCUCAGACCGGGAGGACGGACGGGAGUCACCCACAUACGACACGCCGUCCCAGAGAGUCCAGUUCAUCCUGGGGACGGAGGACGGAGACGAGGAGCACAUCCCUCACGACCUGUUCACAGAACUGGACGAGCUCGCCUUCAGAGAUGGAGACUUCCAGGAGUGGAAGGAGACGGCGAGGUGGCUGAAGUUCGAGGAGGACGUGGAGGACGGAGGCGAACGGUGGAGCAAACCCUACGUGGCCACGCUGUCCCUUCACAGUCUGUUUGAGCUGCGUUCCUGCAUCCUGAACGGCACCGUGCUGCUCGACAUGAGAGCCAACACCAUCGACGAGAUCGCAGACAUGGUGAUCGACAGCAUGCUGGCGUCGGGGCAGCUGGAGGAGGGCGUCCGGGAGAAGGUGAGGGAGGCCAUGUUGAGGCGUCACCACCACCAGAACGAGAAAAAGCUGAGCAACCGAAUCCCGCUGGUUCGAUCCUUCGCCGACAUCGGCAAGAAACACUCCGACCCCCAUUUACUGGAGCGCAACGGUCUGCUGGCGUCCCCUCAUUCAGCUCCGGGAAACCUCGACAGCAAGAACAGUGAGAACCGCAUCAACGGCGGCAGCCGGGAAAACAGCACCGUGGACUUCAGUAAGGUGGACAUGAACUUCAUGAAGAAGAUCCCUCCCGGUGCUGAGGCCUCCAACGUCCUGGUGGGUGAGGUCGACUUCCUGGAGCGACCAAUCAUCGCCUUCGUCCGGCUCGCCCCCGCCAUCCUGCUGACCGGCCUCACAGAGGUCCCGGUGCCCACCAGGUUUCUCUUCCUGCUGCUCGGCCCGUUUGGAAAAGGUCCGCAGUACCACGAGAUCGGACGCUCCAUGGCCACUCUGAUGACAGACGAGAUUUUCCACGAUGUUGCCUACAAGGCGAAGGACAGGAACGACCUGCUGUCGGGGAUCGAUGAGUUCCUGGAUCAGGUCACCGUGCUUCCUCCGGGAGAAUGGGACCCCACCAUCCGCAUCGAACCCCCAAAGAGCGUCCCGUCUCAGGAGAAGAGGAAGAUGAAGUCGGUCCCUAAUGGCUCCGCCCACGGCUCUGACACUAUCAAGGAGGCGGAGCAUCACACAGGACCAGAGCUGCAGAGGACGGGGAGGAUUUUCGGCGGUUUGGUGAACGACGUUCGGAGGAAAGCCCCCUUCCUGUGGAGUGACAUCAGAGACGCCGCCAGCCUGCAGUGUUUGGCGUCCGUCCUCUUCCUCUACUGCGCCUGCAUGUCGCCCGUCAUCACGUUCGGAGGCCUGCUCGGAGAAGCCACCAGAGGAAACAUAAGCGCCAUAGAGUCUCUGUUUGGGGCGUCUCUGACGGGCGUGGCCUACUCUUUGUUCGCUGGUCAACCUCUCACCAUCCUGGGCAGCACUGGUCCAGUUCUGGUCUUUGAGAAGAUCCUCUUCAAGUUCUGCAGUGAAUACAGCCUGUCCUACCUGUCCCUGCGGACCAGCAUCGGACUGUGGACGGCCUUCCUCUGCCUGCUGCUGGUCGCCACCGACGCCAGCUCCUUAGUCUGCUACAUCACCCGCUUCACCGAGGAGGCCUUCGCCGCCCUCAUCUGCAUCAUCUUCAUCUACGAGGCUCUGGAGAAGCUGGUCCACCUCUGGGAGGUCUAUCCCAUCAACAUGCACAACCAGCUGGACAACCUCACCUUCUACACGUGUCAGUGCUCUCCACCCACCAACGCCUCGGCUGAAGUCCUCCAGCUGUGGACGAAGAAGAACGUCACGUCAGACAGCAUCCAGUGGGACCAGCUGGCUGUGAAGGACUGCGUGGACUUACACGGCGAGUUCAUCGGCUCGGCCUGCAGCCACGACCGCCCCUACGUCCCUGACGUCUUCUUCUGGUCCGUCAUCCUCUUCUUCACCACCUUCUUCCUCUCCUCCUUCCUCAAACAGUUCAAGACCAAAAGAUACUUCCCCACCAAGGUUCGAUCGACCAUCAGCGACUUCGCCGUCUUCCUGACCAUCAUGAUCAUGGUGCUGGUGGAUUAUCUGGUCGGAGUCCCUUCACCCAAACUCAACGUGCCCGACCGCUUCGAGCCUACAUCGAACACUCGAGGCUGGCUGAUCUCCCCGCUGGGUCCGAACCCCUGGUGGACGCUGCUGGCCGCCGCCAUCCCGGCUCUGCUCUGCACCAUCCUCAUCUUCAUGGACCAGCAGAUCACCGCCGUCAUCGUCAACAGGAAGGAGAACAAGCUCAAGAAAGGCUGCGGCUAUCACCUGGACCUGCUGGUGGUGGCGGUGAUGCUGGGCGUGUGCUCCAUCAUGGGCCUGCCGUGGUUCGUGGCGGCGACCGUGCUCUCCAUCUCCCACGUCAACAGUCUGAAGCUGGAGUCGGAGUGCGCGGCGCCCGGCGAGCAGCCCAAGUUCCUGGGCAUCAGAGAGCAGAGAGUCACCGGCUUCAUGAUCUUCAUCCUGAUGGGCUGCUCCGUCUUCAUGACCUCCGCCCUCAAGUUCAUCCCGAUGCCUGUCCUGUACGGAGUCUUCCUCUACAUGGGGGUGUCCUCGCUCAAAGGCAUCCAGCUGUUUGACCGGAUCAAACUGUUCGGCAUGCCGGCCAAACACCAGCCAGACCUGAUCUACCUGCGCUACGUCCCUCUGUGGAAGGUCCAUAUCUUCACUGUGGUGCAGCUGUCCUGCCUCAUCGUCCUCUGGGCCAUCAAAGUCUCGGCCGCCGCCGUUGUCUUCCCCAUGAUGGUUCUGGCUCUGGUGUUCAUCCGAAAACUUCUGGAUUUCUGCUUCACCAAGAGAGAGCUGAGCUGGCUGGAUGACCUGAUACCAGAGAGCAAGAAGAAGAAGGACGACGACAAGAAGAAGAAGGAGAAGGAGGACGCUCGGCGGAUGCUGGAGGAGGUGGAGGACGAUCAACCGUACGACGGAGGAAACGUCAUCAACUUCCCGAUCAAAAGCCUGAAGGGACGGAUGGACCCAUCAGAGGUGAACAUCUCAGAUGAAAUGGCUAAAAGCGGCAUUUGGAAAUCUGUUUCCAUGAACUCGGACAGCAGCAAAGCUCUGAAACGCAGCAACAGUCAGGACAAGCUGCCGAGCGUCCAGAUAAACGUGGAGAACGAGGACGCUAGCAAAGUCGUGGAUGCCGAGACCUCGCUAUGAUCCACCGCCACUAUCACCACCAGGCGGCGCUGCUGGAGGAGGAGGAGGAGGGCUGAUGGGACACCAUAGCCCUCUGUCUUCUCUGAAUGGAGCUGAAAGGUCAUCGGAGGACCAAUCAGGCUUCACCUCAGCGUGCCGUGCUUCUCAUGCCGCGUUUUCUCGGACGACAGUGGACGUUUUAUUUUCUCAUCGUUUUAUGGUGAAACACGGAGACUCCAUCACUUGGAGCAAUAUGGCCGCCGCUCGUGGAAACACUUCCCUCAGGUUUCUUUGGUUGGUUUUUACGCAGGUGGUCCGCUGCUGCGCUGUGAUUGGCUGCUGAAGCAUUGAAUCAAACACGGACUCACUGGACGGCUGAUUUUCCAGACUGAUGAUCUGAAAAACACCCGAAGUUUAAUUUUAUCGUUUAAAUUUUUCUGUUUCUGCUUUGAUGAAGCAGACGAGGCUCUUCACCUCUGACAGGUCCAACGCAGGACGGAAUUUUUAUUUAAUCCAUCAUGCUGAUUUAAGUUGUAUAUGUGUCUGAGUGUUUCUGUGUGUGUGUGUGUGCGUGUGCGUGUGUGUGUGUGUGUGUGUGCGUGUGCGUGUGCGUGUGUGUGUGUGUGUGUGCGUGUGUGUGUGUGAGCACCUUGUUGCCUGCAGUGGCCGACUGAAUGAUGUCACAGUCGCUGUCAUCAUAGUUUCUGUUCAAGUUUCAAUAAAAUCAGUCUGAUGAUGA